CCCUUCUUUAUCCCCAUGUUAUGCCCUCAUCAUGGACCACGCCCCCCAUCACCAUCAUCACAGCCGUCCAGUGUACAUAAUAGGUGUACCUCAUCAUCAUCGGACGUCAUUCCCAUCACCAUCAUUGAACCCACGCUUUCUCUCUCCUCGGCUAUAACAAACACCCAAAAGCUUCCAUGUCUGCUCUCUUCUCUCUAUCUCCCUGCUGCUCUAAUGGCUCCUUCUACGCUCUGGUUCCUCUUAGAACUCCAUGUCUUCUUGCUUUUCUUCGCCUCCUUCUCUCUCUCCUUCGAGCCCGUCAACAUGGAAGUGGAGGCUUUGAUAGCUAUCAGAAGAAGUUUGAACGAUCCGCAUGGGGCUUUGAACAACUGGGAUGAAUACUCUGUGGAUCCUUGUAGCUGGGCUAUGAUCACCUGUUCUUCUGAGAAUCUUGUUAUUGGCCUCGGAGCGCCGAGCCAAGGCCUAUCAGGAACGCUCUCUGGGAGGAUUGGGAACCUUACCAAUCUUCAGCAAGUGUUACUUCAGAACAACAACCUAACAGGGGAACUCCCGGCCGAGCUCGGACAGCUCCGAAAGCUCCAGACGCUGGAUCUCUCGAACAACCACUUCUCCGGAAAGGUGCCCGGAUCUUUGGGUCGCCUUGCUCUCCUUCGAUAUCUGAGACUAAACAACAACAGCCUGUCGGGAGCCUUCCCUGUGUCGCUAUCAAGGAUCCCUCAGCUCUCGUUCCUGGAUUUGUCUUACAAUAACCUCAGCGGACGACCGGUUUCCCUGUUCCCCGCCAGAACAUUCAAUGUAGUGGGGAAUCCUCUGAUAUGUGGAAGUGGAAGCAUAGAAGAGUGCUCGAGAACACCAACCGCUGUUCCUCUUCCCUUCCUCUUGGAGUCUUCUCGAAAGAGAUCAAAGGCCCAGAAACUAGCCGUUGCCAUUGGCACCAGCUUCGGCGCCUCCUCCUUCCUUCUCUGCAUCUUCCUCCUUCUCUGGUGGCGGAAGACGAAGAAAGACCGCUCCAACCUCGGCCUCAAGGAGAGGGAGGGGGAGGGGGCGGUGGUGGUGGGGCUGGGGAAUCUCCGACUGUUCGGGCUGAGGGAGCUCCAGGCGGCGACUGAGAAUUUCAGCGGGCGGAAUCUAUUGGGGAAGGGGGGCUUUGGGCACGUGUACCGGGGGCGGCUCGCCGACGGCACCAUGGUGGCGGUGAAGCGGCUGAACGACGCCGGCGCAGCGGGGGAGACCCAGUUCCGGACGGAGGUGGAGAUGAUCAGCCUCGCCGUCCACCGCAACCUUCUCCGCCUCCUCGGCUACUGCGCCACCGCCGCCGGCGAGCGCCUUCUCGUCUACCCCUUCAUGCCCAACGGCAGCGUCGCCUCCCGUCUCCGGGGUAAACCGCCGCUGGAGUGGAACACGAGGAAACGGAUAGCCCUGGGAGCAGCGAGGGGUCUGCUGUACCUGCACGAGCAAUGCGACCCAAAGAUAAUCCACCGGGAUGUGAAGGCGGCCAACGUUCUCCUCGACGACUGCUGCGAAGCGGUGGUCGGCGACUUUGGCCUCGCCAAGCUUCUCGACCAUGGAGACUCCCAUGUCACCACCGCCGUCCGUGGCACCGUCGGCCACAUCGCUCCAGAGUACCUCUCCACCGGCCAGUCGUCCGACAAGACUGACGUCUUUGGCUUCGGCAUCCUCCUCCUCGAGCUUGUCACCGGACAGCGUGCCCUUGAGUUUGGCAAGGGGCCUAACCAGAAAGGCGCCAUGCUCGACUGGGUGAGGAAGGUGCAUCAGGAGAAGAAGCUAGAUUUACUGGUGGAUCGAGACUUGGGAAGCAACUACGACCGGAUAGAGGUGGGGGAGAUGGUCCUGGUGGCCCUCCUAUGCACCCAAUUCCUCCCCUCUCACCGUCCGAAGAUGUCGGAGGUGCUAAGGAUGCUCGAAGGUGACGGGCUUGCCGACAAGUGGGAAGCUUCCAAUACGCUCCCAAUGCAUCAUGACGCUCCCGGCGCACACCAUCAAAGUGACUCUAAUGCAUUGUUUGUAAUGAACAGCGAUGACAAUGGUGGCAGUAGUGAUGAUGAUGAUGAUGAUGAUAACCAUUCCCUGGAUGUAGUAGAAGAAAUGGAGCUAUCUGGUCCUAGGUAAAAAUGCUCAUUAGGAUAGGAGAAGUUGGCAUUUAACAACAUAGUUUCUGUAUUACAAGAAAAAUUCCUUUGCACCCUGUCUGAGUUGUUGGUUCGCUCUUUUCUAACAUCAGGAAAAGAUGUAAAGAAGUACAGAUAUUUUACAG